GGAGAGCGGAUAUAGUGAAUGCGGGGUCCGGGGAGCGGAUAUAGUGAAUGCAGGGUCCGGGGAGAGUGGAUAUAGCGAAUGCAGGGUCCGAGGAGAGCGGAUAUAGUGAAUGCAGGGUCCGAGGAGAGCGGAUAUAGUGAAUGCGGGGUCCGAGGAGAGCGGAUAUAGUGAGUGCGGGGUCCGGGGAGCGGAUAUAGUGAAUGCAGGAUCCGGGGAGAGCGGAUAUAGUGAAUGCAGGGUCUGGGGGGAGAGCGGAUAUAGUGAAUGCGGGGUCCGGGGAGAGCGGAUAUAGUGAAUGCGGGGUCUGGGGAGAGCGGAUAUAGUGAAUGCGGGGUCCGGGGAGAGCGGAUAUAGUGAAUGCGGGGUCUGGGGAGAGCGGAUAUAGAGAAUGCGGGGUCUGGGGAGAGCGGAUAUAGU